ACAAAGGGCUCUUGUAACGUUCCCUUUUGCGGUCUCAAAGCCACGUGAGCUUUGAAUAUUUGAAAUUUUUUUUGAAAGUUUUGCAAGUGUGCUUGAUUUGGAUUUAUGUUACGAGGAAUAAAAUGUUAGUGGGACUGGAAUGUUUAUGCUGGUGAUUUUAUCUAUUCUGUGUUAUCCCAUACAGUCAGCUAGUGCUAGUUCUUUGGCUGGCAAUAAUGGGGACAGAGGACAGAGGAGAGAAACCGCAGGAAGAAAUGCGGUUGCGGAGGAGCCCGAGUUCACGGAUGUUAUCCAGAACAUCACCGUUGCUGCAGGGAGGAAUGUCAGGUUUGCCUGCGCAGUUAAGAACUUAGGAACGUACAAGGUUGCUUGGAUGCAUUUUGAGCAAUCAGCAAUCUUGACAGUCCACAAUCACGUAAUAACAAGGAAUCCACGGAUAAGCGUCACUCACGACAAGCACAGAACUUGGUUCCUACAUAUCAACAAUGUCCAAGAGGAAGAUAAAGGCCGUUAUAUGUGUCAAAUCAAUACUGUCACGGCUAAAACGAGAUUUGGAUUCCUGCAUGUCGUUGUGCCUCCAAAUAUAGACGACUCAUUGAGCAGCAGCGAUGCGAUCGUGAGAGAGGGCUCCAACGAAACGUUAACUUGUAAAGCCACCGGAUUUCCUACACCUAGCGUUAAAUGGAAGAGGGACGAUAAUACCAAAAUUACCAUAAAUAAGACCCUUCAAGUUUCUGAAUGGGAGGGAGAAACACUGGAGCUAACGAAAAUUUCAAGAUUGGAUAUGGGAGCUUAUUUGUGCAUUGCUAGUAAUGGCGUACCUCCGACAGUCAGCAAAAGAAUCAAGGUUAGCGUAGAUUUUCCUCCAAUGUUAUGGAUUCCACAUCAACUAGUAGGCGCCCCGUUAAACUACGCCGUGACGCUCGAAUGUUUCACGGAGGCGAAUCCAAGUUCCCUCAACUACUGGACCCGGGAAGACGGCCAAAGCAUGAUUCACGAUUCAAGGAAGUAUCGCACGGAAAAUAGCCUCGGCAAUCCUUCAUAUAAGACCCACAUGAAACUCACCAUUAACAACAUUCAGCAAAGUGACUACGGGACUUACAAAUGCGUCGCCAAGAAUCCCAGAGGGGAGACUGUCGGGACUAUUAGGUUGUACACUUCAUCACCGCCAACAUCUUCAUCAAGGCCCCCGAUUGGGGCCGAUUCGUCGAAGUCAAGGGACAUGUGGAGCAAAGGAAACGGUUCAAGUUAUGGGAAUCCCCUAUCCGUUUCCGAUAAAGGUUCGCAAUAUCAAUCAAAUUUAAAUGAAAUCGACAAAUCAGAACACAAAUCAAGUGCCAACUCGGACACCAAGGGUAAUUUUUACGAAAACUCUUCAGAAAAUAUGGGAGGCAAUAUUAAAUUUUGCCUACCAACCCUUCUAUCAUCUUUAAUCUGGUCAAUCGUGAUUUUGGGAGUGACCCGAUGAAUCAUCAAAAGUUGAAUAAAGUCAAAAAAGUGAGUGUUAUUUCUUAAGAAUGAACUCUUUAAAAUGGAAACAUGAGUGUAAAAUGUACAUUUGGCAGUUAAUGUUUAAAGAAAGACUGAAAAUUUGUUAGCUUCACGUAUCACUGAAAAACAUGGUAGGGUAAAAUAUUGCGAGAUUGCAGGGUGCGAAGAUGGCGUACUUGACGUAUCCCGACGAAAAUUUUGACUUCCUUAAACAUAAUAAAUGUUUUCACAAAAAUUAAAAAAUUGGUCGAUUUUUAUAUCGAAGGGAACAAAUUUUUAUGCCAGAAUAAUUCUUUCACUUUUAACCGUGUGCUAAAAAUUCCAAUCUAUCUAUCUAAUCCUCGGCAUAUUCCUUCCCUAUUAAUUUCAAUUGAUGUCUAUUCUGGGCGAUCUGCAUCCAUUCCUUUCCUGCCGUUCUCUUAAGGUCGUCCGUCCAUCUCAUCUGUGGUCUUCCUCUUUUUCUUUUCUGUUCCUAUGGUCGCCAGUGUAGAAUUCGCUUAUUCCAUCUCUCAUCUUUUGCCGCAGAGUGUGGCCGGCAAAGUUCCAUUUUUAAGUUUCACAACCUAUCUUGAUCCAUCAUUCACCUUUGUUUUUUUGUCUGAUCCAUGAGUUUCUUUUCCUGUCUUUAAGACUGAUACCCAGCAUCAGUCUUUCCAUUGCUCUUUGUGUUUUGGAUAUCCUAUCGAUGUUCUCCUUUGUAAAAGUCCAUGUUUGUGAGCCUUAUGCGAUAACUGGUAAUAUGCACUGGUUGAAUACUUUCGUUCGCAUAUAUUGAGGGUACUUUUUAUUUGUUUAGAAUAUAUUAUGAUAGUUUUCCAAAUGAUGCCCAUGCUAAUCUAGUUCUUCUUUUUAUUAAUUUCUUUUGUUUGAUUGUCCCUGUUCAGCUCUAUUAUCUGUCCUAGGUAUAUGUAUUCUGCCACCUGCUCUAAUUUAUUCUGUUUGACUACUAUUUCUAAUUUGUCUUCUUGGUUUGUCAUAGUCUUGGUUUUACUAUAAUUCAUAUCUAGACCUACCUCUGUCGCUUUUCUAUCUAGUUCCUCAACUAUCCUCUGUAACUCUUCCUUCUUAUCUGUUAUCAGGACUAAAUCGUCUGCAUAUCUCAAGUGGUUCAAGAGCUCUCCAUUUAUUCUUAUUCCAUAUGAUUCACACUCUAAUUUUUUUAAUGUCUUCCAUAGCCUGAUUGAACAAUUUUGGCGAUAUUGUGUCUCCUUGGCUGGCUCCUCUUUCCAAUUUUAUUGGUUCUGUCGUGUGUUCGUCCGUCAAUUUUAUUAUGGUACUCGCGUUUUUGUAUAUGUUUGUUAUUAUGUCCGUAUCUCUCUCUUCAAUCCUGACCCCCCGGAGGGAUUGUAGUGGUCGACGUGAUGUCGUGUAUUGUCCGUCUCCAAAGAUCUCUGUCUCUGAUCAUUUCUUUUAACUCAUGCAUGGGUCUUUUGCAUAUUCCCGUAAUUUGAUCGAUCCGUCUUGUUGGGGAUCUUCAUCGUGAUCUUCGGCCUUCCACCUUUCCUUGUAUAAUGAGUCUUUCCAUGUUUUCUGUGUUUGCUCUCAUAACAUGGCCAAAGUAUUUUAAUUGUUGGAGAUGGACUUUACUGGAGAGUCGUUGGCUAACUUUAAGCUCUCUUAAAAUUGAAUUAUUUGUUCGGUCGGUCCUUGUCCUUGUAUGGUCGGUCCAAGGAAUUCGUAGCAAUUGUUUCCAACAGAACAUUUCAGUGGCGUCUAUCUUUCUUCUCUCCGAAUUUCUCAGGGUCCAAGAUUCACAUCCGUAGGUCAGUAUUGGGAAUAUUAAGCAGUUGAGAUCAACCUCAUCUUUAACGCUCUUGAAAUUUGACAGUCCUUCCAUAUUGUGGUCAUUUUUGCUAGAUCACAUCUACGUUUUAUUUCUUCUUGUAGUGACCCUGUGUUUGUGAUUAAUGAUCCCAGAUAUAAGUAUGAGCUCACAACCUCAAACCGAUCAAUUGUGGUUAUGUGUGGAUGAUUGUUAUGUAGUCUAUUCACUAUCAUGAUCUUUGUCUUUGAUAUGUUUAAUUGCAGACCAAAUAUUUGACUUUCGUUUUCAACCAGUCGUAUAAUAUCAAUCAGCUCUGCUUGACUAUUUGCAAGAAGGGCUGUUGUCAUCUGCAAAACGUAGGUUUUUUAUUUUAUGACCAUUUAUUGAGAUGCCUUUUUCUUAUCCUUCAAGUGCUCUUCUCAUAAUAUGCUCUCCAUAUAUAUUGAAUAACCGUGGAGACAGUAUACAACCCUGUCUGACACCCCCUUCUGGAUGAAAUUCGUUUGAAAGUGUGUCAAGAACUUUAACUGAUCCAGUAGUGUGUUCAUAUAGUUCAGUUAUAAGCGAAAUAAGGUGUUGAGGUACGCCUACUUCUUUUAUUAUGCACCAUAAGUGUCUCCACUUGACCACAACAGGUGUUCUCUAGUACCUAUACCUUUGGUAAAUCCAAAUUAUGUCCGUAUACCUGUAAUCAAUUCUGACGUUCUGUAGUGAGUUUUUGAUGGCCCAAUGUACUAUGCUGUCAAACACCUUUUGGAAGUUUAUGAAUGCCAUGUAUAAUGGGAUUUGAUAUUGGUUCGACUUUUCAAUCAGUAUUUUUACCGCCAUAAGAUUUUAAAUAGAACAAUGAGUCAAAUGAACCACACUGUGGAAGGACUUUACUUAGAAUACCAAAAUAAAUUUAUUUGUCAUAGCUCGUAUUCACCUAUUGUCGCUAUUUGUUUAGCAGAUUUUUAGGGCAGUACAAAUUUUCGUUACGUUACUGAUAUCCAUAUCAAUCCCUUUUAGACUACAGGCCCAUGUCAAAAAUGGAUGGGUCAUAUGAACCACCAAGUGACGUAUACAGGACGAUAUAAGAGCAUAAAAUAAUAAGAUUCAGCACUAUGCCGUCACUUGUAAGCAGUCCAACUGAGUG